UUUUUAUCCCCCCUGCACACGCGGCACUUUAACUCUGACCACUGGCAGCUGCGCGUACUUUGUGCGGCUGCACUGCCAGUGGCACACGAUGCUGCUCACGCGUGUCUGCGCAUGCGACACAUUCCCCAGUGCAGACCGCAGCUCAUAGCACUCACUGUUGUGGAAUCAAUGCAUGUUUCAUGCAAGCCUGUACAAUGUCCAUCCCUAGUGAUACAGAUACCCUAGGGAGCUGGGAACAGUUCGGCAUUGAGUGCUUACGCUUCCCAGUUCAGUCUCUUCAAUUCCAACGACGACCCUACACUGGCACCCUUCGAACCCCUACGGCCUCAUUUCAGCUACCAUUGAGCAUGAUGAUAGUCCUGGCCAAGAGCUGCAUGUAUAAAGAUUGGCAUUUGAUGGUGGUGCCAUGACUCAUGGAGGAAGAUCAUAUACCUCAUCCAAGGUGUUGUUGCACGCGUCGUCGGCAUGCUCUUAGGACAUUGGGAGGUGAAGACGAUGAAUAGGUGUACAACGGCCACAGAUUUUCUACUACAGGUUCUUCUGCUAGCUCCAAUGGACAUUGCUGGUCUCAGGCCAAACAACAUUUCCUUCGCUAGUUGCCUGUCCCUGAGUCGGGGGUUUCCUAUUGGUAGCAUCAUGAACUUGGCGCGUUCUUGUGCUACCGCUACCUUGCUACCUAGGUAAGGCGAGGUGAGUCGUGGCCAUUGACACCAGCCAAGUCGUGGUCCGCCUCAGCCGUGGACAGUUCACGAAGCGUAUCCAUUGCUAGUAAGUCCUUCGUAUCCUUUCGGCGUCCUUAACAGUGCUGCGCGAGAAUGUUGUCACGCUUAUUAUUCUUUCCUGAUGGAACUCGACGAAGUGGGAAUGAUGCAAGCUCGCUCAACUCUCGGUGACCGCCGCAGCUCGGACAGGUUCAUGAGGGCCGUGCCCCGAAGCGGGCUGGAUAAGCUCGGCAUUGAAGCAAGUACCCUGGCCAUUGAAACAGGCACGCCUGCGUCUCAUGCUGCUCGGAACGGCCAGCGUGCGCAUCCACAGCGAGGCCUAGCCUCGCCAUUCACAGCCGACAAACGUACUCAACAAGGCACCUGGUAGGUAUCGUCCCAAAUACCAAGACAUUGUUUCGAUCUUUCUCAACUAGUACUACGCAAAGUUCCGAGAGAAUCGGAUCUGGAUCCUCGCGAGUGCACUCACAGCUGCCGCCUCAACAUCAUUUCUUGAUCUAUUGGCACCACUUGUGGUCGGCGGUUGCUUUCCGCGGGUUUAUCAUGGCCCGACUGCGCUGCUAGCUCUUGAAGGGAGCUCGCCAAUCGCAAAGGCGUCUUCUAGCACGCACAUACAGAAUAGUCGAGCUGUGCACUAUUUCAAAGGCAUUAAGCCAUGGAGAUGGCGUAACCAAGCCUUUAAGAGCGGCGAGCCAAGACAUUUUCUCUCCGGAAACGUGACCAUUCGAUUGGAUGGGCCUGUCUGUUCUCUCCCACCGGGCUUGGCAGGCGUCCUCCGGUUCUUGGUAUUAGCCCGCCCGCCGCCGUGCUCGUCACCUACCUAGGUACCUACCCAGCAUUCAAGUUGAGCCCGACCACUGGAGCUUCAACUGGGGCCUACCUAGUGGCCAUGCGGGACCCUUCUCAAAAGCUAACAAGACUCUACUAUUGACCACGUGUAGACUGAAGUGCAACCUUCCGGAAUGCUUCCCUUGCCGUUGACGCAAGGUCGAUGGAGCUCGGCGAGCCCUCUCGCCAGGUACAAAAAUGGAGGGUCUGCGCUGUUGGCACCGUGGCGGUCUUCAACCUGAUCUGAACGCGGCAACCGUUCAGAAACCAGAGCCAGGAUGAGAACACAGCUGGCCUUGAAGGCUGCUCUAGCGGUCGGUGCCUUCUGCGCCCACUGUGCUGCCCAGACCUACCAACGUUUGGGAGGCUGCCCGAGCUUGGGCUGUAUCCUACCACCUGACCAGGCCGACUUCCUCCCAGGACAGUACUUUGACAUCCGUGUUGAAGUGCAUGCCCCGCUCAACGGGAGUGAAGCGAUCCCAGGCUACACUACCCCGGACGCCAACUUCAGCCUGACCAUUGAGAAGGAGGGCAAGGGCGCUAAGCCAGCUGCAGACUUUUUCAACAUCCCUGAACCAAAGCUCGAGACAUGGAACUUUACCUGGUACGAGGACUUGUUUGCCAAGGCGGCACACACCCCGUCUCAGGUCAGUGUGGCCGCAAAGGCGUACAGGCGGGUUGCUCUCUACGAGCCGGGCCAGUACAUUGCUACAUUGCACUAUCGGAACACUUCGACCACAUAUGCCAAUUGGACCGUUCGGGACAUUGAGCCCCGCCGACGGGCCAAGAAUGUGGUUAUGUUCAUUGGAGAUGGCAUGACGACCAACAUGAUCACCGCUGGCCGACUACUUGCUCAUCAGUCGAUCAACGGCAAGUACCAAACCAAGUUGGCGCUGGACCAGUUCCCGGUUCUGGGACACCAAAUGACACACUCGCUGGAUUCAUUCAUAACCGACAGUGCCAACUCUGCCACGGCUCUCUACACUGGCCACAAAUCGACCGUCAACGCAUUGGGCGUGUACGUCGACAGCUCCAAGACGCCAUUCGACGACCCCAAGGUUGAGACUAUCGCCGAGCUCUUCCAUCGUCUCUAUGGCGGCGGUGUCGGUAUUGUGUCGACCGCAUUCAUUGCCGAUGCCACUCCGGCUGCUUUGACCGCACACACGCGUGAACGAGCCCAAUACGGAGCGGUGAUUGACUCGUUCCUGAACGGCAUCACCAACUACACGUGGACCAACUGGACCGGGCCGGAUGUGCUAUUCGGCGGCGGUGCCGAGCAGUUCUACCCUGGCAAAGGCUCGUUCCAGGGCAAGGAUUACUACGAGGAAUUUGCCAAGAAGGGGUACAACGUGGUGUUGAAUAACACGGCAUUGCAAGCGACAUCCAAUUCGUCCAAGACACUGGGGAUCUUCUCUGUGAGCAACAUGGCGGUCUGGCUCGACCGCAACGUAUACAAGAAGAACCUGAACAAGCCCAAGACGGCGCCCGACGGCUCCAACUCGAGUGCCACGGACCAGCCGGGUCUGAAGGACAUGACUCUCAAGGCCCUUGAGAUUCUGCACACUCGCCACCAAGAGGACGGCUUCUUCCUCAUGUCCGAGGCCGCCAGCAUCGACAAGCAAAUGCACACUCUGGACUAUGACCGCGCUCUGGGCGACCUGCUCGAGCUCGACGACACCGUCAAAGCCACGCUGAAAUACCUCGAGUCGAUCGGCGAGCUGAACGACACUCUGGUCCUCGUCACGGCUGACCAUGGCCACGGCUUCGAUGUCACCGGCAGCGUCGACACCAAAUUCCUCAAUGCCCAGGAUUCAGACCGCAAGAAGCGCGGCGCCAUCGGCACAUACCAGGAAUCCGGCUUGUCUCAGUACGUGGUUGCCAACCGCUCCGCGCCCAUCGGCAGCGACCAGAACCUCGUUUACAGCGAGGGCGUCAAUUUCCCAGCCAACUGGGAUCCUCGCUAUACUUUGUUCCAGGGUGUCACGGCCAACCCGGACCACCGUGAAAACUACCAGGUCCACAAAGAUGGUCCUCGUCUGCCAGCCUUGAACAUCACUGGCUUCUCCAACAAUGAUUACUAUGUCAAUUAUGUCGAUGCCGUCACUGGGUUCUUGAUCAAUGGCACUCUACCGGUUUCGGCCGACCAAGGUGUGCACUCUCUCACCGACGUGCCCGUCUUCACCCAAGGUCCCUGCCAGGAAACAUUCGGGGGCGUCUACGGCAACAUUGACGUCUUCUACGGCAUGGCUGCCUGCCUUGGCCUUAGCCGUACCAGUCCGCCGUCUUAGACUCUAGAGUCUAGACUCCGCAAGAAAAGAAUAGUCGAGAAAGAAAGAGGUCGUGCGAUAAUGUUCGUGGGGAUACUAGGUAACUUUGAAAACAGGGAGGACAGCUGUACUGCCAUAUGUGCUGACUUCAUCUUCAUUGCUUACGAGGAAGGCCUCCAAUGGCCCUUACUAGUAUCCAGGACCUUAUUUCCGUCGAUCUAUGAUUGUCCUCCUUCGCAUCGUAACAAAUUCCGUUCCUCCUUAUCGCUUAGGC